AUGAGCAAACCGCAGAUUCAAGACAGUGCCCCAGGUCCUCUGAGAGCAGCUUCUGAGCAUUACUCAGCAGUACGACCAUUUGGAGGAUCUGACAUUACUAGAUUUAAAGUUUUGAAGGGCAGCUCAGUAGAAUGUAAGAAGCAGCCUCCUCCUUCAGAAAAGGGAUGUGCUUUUGUGCUGUCGCAACCGUGCGGCUCUCCUCCGCGGCUCUGCGUGGGUCCAGAGUCUCACCUCUGCUCCUGCAAGCGGGGGUGGGGGCGGGAAAACAGGAAGCAACUUCUCCCUCCCACGUCCGCCUCCCGCCAGCUUGAAGUCUCCUUCUGCCUGCCGCCGGGGACCGCAGCCCCUGGCUCCCAACGGAGUCUGCCCGCCCUCCUUGGCUCUGAACUUCCCCUUUCCCAGGCGGAUUUGGUGAAUCCUUCCAUGCCGGGUCACCUCACGCGGAACUGGAGAGCGGAGAGAAAGCCAGGGGCUCCGAUCCUGGCCCGGGCACCCCGGCUGCUCUGCGGGGGACCCGAGCGCACAAAGCCACAGAGGUCGGCGGCAGAGCCUCCCAGCGCCAGGCUCCCAGUGCCAGGCUCCCAGCUGCCCGGACUGCGGGGCGACGCCGCAUGCUCCGACUGCUCUCCCGCGCUGCGAGGGUUGCCUUGCACCUUCUGA